AUGACCCGAAGAUUCUGUUCUCCAAGAAUGCACCUUCCAUCUCACUCUUCUACUACCCAGAACGACGAGUUUGAUCAGGUGAAUAUGGAUGAGAGCUGGACUGCUAGCAUGUGCAAAGAAAUCGAUAAAAUAGAAGCCACUUCUGCCACUGGACCUCUACCAAGAAAGCGUCAGCUCUCCCCCACUAAAAAUGCUCCCAUAUCCACGCGAGUUCUGGCAGAAAAGUGCAAGAUGGAAGCCGAGGAGGAGGCAGCAGCAAUGCCGCUCUCUCUCACUACAUUGAUGCCUUCAGUAUCCACACCUUCCACACCACUACAGACUCCUGCAGUACCGACCCCUACUCUUGCAGACUCAAUACCACAGCUACCAUCUCCUCUGACAUCUAAACCACCAUCGACCUCCAUGCCACAGCGCCGAUCUCCCUUUGAGCCUCCCAAUCCUUUUCUUCAUGGCAACACUAUGCCUUUCUUGUCCAAAUUUGGUGCACCAGCUUCAGCUGGAUUUUUGGCUACACCAGCACCACCACUCCACGCACCACAACCUCCAUUACCAACCCCCUACCAUGCGCUACCACCUCAGUUCUUCGCGUCCACCGUACCGUCAUUUUUGCAACACCUCCAGUUCAACCAUCCAUCUCUCAAAUCAGAAACUCCGUCGACCAACAUACUGCCCUCUCCGCAAAUCAUGCCAAUCCCUUCUACAAAAAAGGACGAUGCCACACCAGCAAGCCUUACUGUGUUGCCUCCAACCACAUCGCUGUUAAGGACGUGCGGAAUGACUCGGAACCGAACGGAACCGAAGGGAGAAACGAUAAGAUUAGAUAUAAGAUAUGUACUGAAGGAUAUACUAAAGAGGAAUGAUCUAAGAUGA